UCGCCCCUAGGUGUUCCCGCCCCUCCCCCUCCCGUGUGGUUCGCUUUCUGUCAGCCUCUCUCCCUCUCCCUCUCCCCUCUCCUUCCUCUCGCUUCCUCUCUCGCACCUGAGCGCACGCACCUGCCCGGGCCCGGCUCCCUCCUCCUCCUCCCCUCCCUCUUUCCCCGCCCGGCCGCGGGAGCUCGUGGCUGCGUCACCGCCACCCCCCCCAGACAAGAUGGACACCGCGGAGGAAGACAUAUGUAGAGUGUGUCGGUCGGAAGGAACACCUGAGAAACCACUUUAUCAUCCUUGUGUAUGUACUGGCAGUAUUAAGUUUAUCCAUCAAGAAUGCUUAGUUCAGUGGCUGAAACACAGUCGAAAAGAAUACUGUGAAUUAUGCAAGCACAGAUUUGCUUUUACACCAAUUUAUUCUCCAGAUAUGCCUUCACGGCUUCCAAUUCAAGACAUAUUUGCUGGACUGGUUACAAGUAUUGGUACUGCAAUACGAUAUUGGUUUCAUUAUACACUUGUGGCCUUUGCUUGGUUGGGAGUUGUUCCUCUUACAGCAUGCCGCAUCUACAAGUGCUUGUUUACUGGCUCUGUGAGCUCACUACUGACACUGCCAUUAGAUAUGCUGUCGACGGAAAAUUUGUUGGCAGAUUGUUUGCAGGGUUGUUUUGUGGUGACAUGCACACUGUGUGCAUUCAUCAGCCUGGUGUGGUUGAGAGAGCAGAUAGUCCAUGGGGGAGCACCAAUUUGGUUGGAGCACGCUGCCCCACCCUUCAAUGCUGCGGGACAUCACCAAAAUGAGGCUCCAGCAGGAGGAAAUGGUGCAGAAAAUGUUGCUGCUGAUCAGCCUGCUAACCCACCAGCUGAGAAUGCAGUGGUGGGGGAAAACCCUGAUGCCCAGGAUGACCAGGCAGAAGAGGAGGAGGAGGACAAUGAGGAGGAAGAUGACGCUGGUGUGGAAGAUGCGGCAGAUGCUAAUAACGGAGCCCAGGAUGACAUGAAUUGGAAUGCUUUAGAAUGGGACCGAGCUGCUGAAGAGCUUACAUGGGAAAGAAUGCUAGGACUUGAUGGAUCACUAGUUUUUCUGGAACAUGUCUUCUGGGUGGUAUCUUUAAAUACACUGUUCAUUCUUGUUUUUGCAUUUUGCCCUUACCAUAUUGGUCAUUUCUCCCUUGUUGGUUUGGGAUUUGAAGAACACGUCCAAGCAUCUCAUUUUGAAGGCCUAAUCACAACCAUAGUUGGGUAUAUACUUUUAGCAAUAACAUUGAUAAUUUGUCAUGGCUUGGCAACUCUUGUGAAAUUUCAUAGAUCUCGUCGCUUACUAGGAGUCUGCUAUAUUGUUGUUAAGGUCUCUUUGUUAGUGGUGGUAGAAAUUGGAGUAUUCCCUCUCAUUUGUGGUUGGUGGCUGGAUAUCUGUUCCUUGGAAAUGUUUGAUGCUACUCUGAAAGAUCGAGAACUGAGCUUUCAGUCAGCUCCAGGUACUACCAUGUUUCUGCAUUGGCUAGUGGGAAUGGUAUAUGUCUUCUACUUUGCCUCCUUCAUUCUGUUACUGAGAGAGGUACUUCGACCUGGUGUCCUAUGGUUUCUAAGGAAUUUGAAUGAUCCAGAUUUCAAUCCAGUACAGGAAAUGAUCCAUUUGCCAAUAUAUAGGCAUCUCCGAAGAUUUAUUUUGUCAGUGAUUGUCUUUGGCUCCAUUGUCCUCCUGAUGCUUUGGCUUCCUAUACGUAUAAUUAAGAGUGUGCUGCCUCAUUUUCUUCCAUACAAUGUCAUGCUCUACAGUGAUGCUCCAGUGAGUGAACUGUCCCUCGAGCUGCUUCUGCUUCAGGUUGUCUUACCAGCAUUACUUGAACAGGGACACACAAGGCAGUGGCUGAAGGGGCUGGUGCGAGCGUGGACUGUGACCGCCGGAUACUUGCUGGAUCUUCAUUCUUAUUUAUUGGGAGACCAGGAAGAAAAUGAAAACAGUGCAAAUCAACAAGUCAACAAUAAUCAGCAUGCUCGAAAUAACAAUGCUAUUCCUGUGGUGGGGGAAGGCCUUCAUGCAGCCCACCAAGCCAUACUCCAGCAGGGAGGGCCAGUUGGCUUUCAGCCUUACCGCCGACCUUUAAAUUUUCCACUCAGGAUAUUUCUGUUGAUUGUCUUUAUGUGUAUAACAUUACUGAUUGCCAGCCUCAUCUGCCUUACUUUACCAGUAUUUGCUGGCCGUUGGUUAAUGUCAUUUUGGACGGGGACUGCCAAAAUCCAUGAGCUCUACACAGCUGCUUGUGGUCUCUAUGUUUGCUGGCUAACCAUAAGGGCUGUGACGGUGAUGGUGGCAUGGAUGCCUCAGGGACGCAGAGUGAUCUUCCAGAAGGUUAAAGAGUGGUCUCUCAUGAUCAUGAAGACUUUGAUAGUUGCGGUGCUGUUGGCUGGAGUUGUCCCUCUCCUUCUGGGGCUCCUGUUUGAGCUGGUCAUUGUUGCUCCCCUGAGGGUUCCCUUGGAUCAGACUCCUCUUUUUUAUCCAUGGCAGGACUGGGCACUUGGAGUCCUGCAUGCCAAAAUCAUUGCAGCUAUAACAUUGAUGGGUCCUCAGUGGUGGCUGAAAACUGUAAUUGAACAGGUUUAUGCAAAUGGCAUCCGGAACAUUGACCUUCACUAUAUUGUUCGUAGACUGGCAGCUCCAGUGAUCUCUGUGCUGUUGCUUUCCCUGUGUGUACCUUAUGUCAUAGCUUCUGGUGUUGUUCCUUUACUAGGUGUUACUGCGGAAAUGCAAAACUUAGUCCAUCGGCGGAUUUAUCCAUUUUUACUGAUGGUGGUGGUAUUGAUGGCAAUUUUGUCCUUCCAGGUCCGCCAGUUUAAGCGCCUUUAUGAACAUAUUAAAAAUGACAAGUAUCUUGUGGGUCAACGACUUGUGAACUACGAACGGAAAUCUGGCAAACAAGGCUCAUCUCCAGCACCUCCACAGUCAUCCCAAGAAUAAAGUAGUUGUCUCAACAACUUGACCUUCCCCUUUACAUGUCCUUUUUUGUGGACUUCUCUCUUUGGAGAUUUUUCCCAGUGAUCUCUCAGCGUUGUUUUUAAGUUAAAUGUAUUUGACUUAUGUUCUCAGCAUUCAGAGAGCAGCGGUGUAAGGUUCUGCUGUUCUUCCCUGGAUCUUCUGACUUUACUGCUGUCUGAGAUUUGUAUAUGUGUAAAUACAAGUUCCUUGAUACCCUAAAACCUUGGAUUAAACAGAAUGUGCAUUGUACAUCUUUAAACAAAAUGUAUAUUAAUUUAUUAAAUCUAGUUGUCACUUUAUUUUGGACCUGCUGUGAUCUCGACAGGAAACAUGCCACAGAGCAGUAGUGCACAGGCAAGACUUUUCAGUGAUGCCUUGUGGAGCGCAGUUCAUGAUGUCCUAGCAGCUUUCACUAAGGGAACUGUACAUUCUUUCUUGGCUAUUCAGACCUUACCAAGAACGUUAAAGGAAACAAGUAGAAAUCAGCAGUGGAGUGUCUGUGGUAAGAAAACAUGAACUUUAUGCUUCACUGUUAGUUGUUUGUGGAAGUUAUUUUGUAUAACACCAAAGCUGUUGUACAUUUUCUACUGCCUGAUUUUUUUCAUGUGUCUGUGUUUGUAAUAUUGUAUAGUAUCUUGUGCUAGGUGAGGAAAUUAUUUUUAAUUUUGAUAAUUUAAUAUUCCUAAUGUGAUCAGCAUUGGGAGUUGGGUUUCAGUGCUUGUUAGGGGCAUGUCUAUACUUAGAAAAGAGAAAAAAAGUCCAAAUGAAGAUUUUCAUUAGUCCAUCCCCCACCCCCCUGCCCCACAUCCUUUCUUUUCUGUAGCAGUGGCCAGAAGUCAUGCAAGGUCAUAAAUCUUUCAGAAUGACAUCACCAACUGUAUUGCAUCUUACUGGAUUUAGGACUUCUGAGAUGCUUGUGAGGUGUAGAUGUGGUUGUGGUCUUAGAUUGACAGCAUUAGAGAAGACUGGUUAGGACAUCUGGUCUCGAUGGUUAGCGCCUCAUUGGCUGAGGACUAGGUGUCCAUUUCUCCUAGCUUUUCAUCAGGAAAUCCCAAAGUUUCCAAAGCUUUUUGUUUACAGAAUAAAACUUCAAAUAAAACCAAUUCAUUAUUUUUCCAGAAGGAAGCUUGACUGAGCUGGCCUUUUAACAUAGGAAUGUAUUUCAUUGGAAACAUUCUGAAAAAUCUCAGAGAACUAAACCCUUACAAACUUUGUUUUCCCUCAUAACCAAAGCUUCAAAUUAGAAGUUUAGAAAAAUAGAAUGGUUGGGUACAUGAUCUAAGUGUUUAAUGUUAAAGGUAUAUUGUAAGGGUAGUGUUUGUUUUUGAAUGAUACUUUAGGAGGUCUCAUAGAAAGUGUAUAGCAUAGGUCUUCAGGAACUAUAAAAGAAUUUUCAUAUAGUAUUAAAAUCCAGAGACUAAAAUCUGAGAAAUUUUUAACAUAUGCAAGUCAGCCAAACAUAAGCUACCAAAAUAAAGAGCAAUGUGUUCUGGCUGUUUUAUACUUCAACAAUUUUUUCCCUAAGUGGUAAGCAGUUACUUUAAAACACAUUUUUAAAAACAUCAGUAUCAGGAGCUGCGGUGGCUCUGGCCGGUUGUCCUAGCACACAAGGAGGCGAGGCUGUGCGUUCAAGGCCAACCUAGGCAAAAUU